AUGCAGAGUAGUAUGCACACUUCGAGGGCGAGUCUGGUAGAGUUGGCCGCGUCGGUAGAGGCGGAUCUUGAGUGGGCCAGUUGGUCCGGUGGCUGUGCCGUCAGCAGUUGCUCCUGCUACCCAGCCUCGGGGUCAGCAGCAGCAGCCGCGCAGCAGCAGCAGCAGCGCAGAGGUGGUUCGAGUUUCAGUUCUGGUUCUGGCAGGGGCGGUUUGCCUGCGCAGGGUCAGAAGAGGAGUAGAGAGGAGCUCUGGUGUAGUCAGUACUCGAGGUGCUUGUUACCGUUGUGGGAGCACGGAGCAUCGUGUAUCGAGUUGUCCUAG